AUGUACUGGCCAAAUGGAGUUCCCAGAAUCUACGCAGUCAAUGGUCCAGGCAUUGAUCCGCCGGAGUUGGACGAUGGGGCUGCAGCUAAGGACGAGAGGGGUGAAAACACCCGUCCUAAGGUAGAUCGAGGAGGAGAUGGCAAAGAAGAGCAAAGUGUUGAUUCCUCGUCUACUGUAUGGGCGAGUGAGCCCAUAAAGGGGCUCCGUGUGUCUAAAAAUGGGCAGCUUUUCGCGACAAUGACCCAGUCCUCCCUCGCAGUCUGGCAGACCAAACCCACGGCGGUUAUUGCUGCAGUCAAGCGCUCCCCGCGUUCCCUUAAGAACUAUGGCCCAAACGUGGCCCUCCUGAUGCGACCGGACGCUGCGAUCAUUGUUGUCCAGACCCUUCAUGGGUAUCUUAUUACAUAUUCCGUUGCCGUUGCCUCAAGCUCGAACGUUUACCAUCAACGGUUUUUGCAUACUCAGCUAAGGCGACAUCAUGGCUUUGUAGCAGAUGAUUCGCACAGCAUUCGAGAAGCCAGCAUACGAUUUAGAGUGGUUAUAAAAGUGGAUGCUGGCAUAAGCAAGGCGUUGGCCCUUGACAACGAAUUGAUGGUAGCUACCGUCAAACCUGCAGCAAUACAGUCAAUCAGGUGGACUCCUGACAAAUAUGGCCAUCAAACCACUACAGAGCUGUUGCAUCAUAUCCCAUGGUUUUCUAAGACAACGGCUGUAUUGGAUAUGGUGUACGAUCGUGCUAUGAACUUGCUGCUAUGGAUUACAAGCGAUGGACAAGUAUAUGCUGUACAGCAUAGUAUUGAAGACCCUCAAGAUGGUGGAUCCCCAAAAUAUAUCUUCAAGGGCCACAAAUUUCAUGACCCCAGGAACAGCUACCAGAGAGCAGAACAAGUUGCUGUCAAUGCGAGGUUUUCUCUUCUUGCGGUUAGCUGUGUGAACGGUGAAGUCUUUAUAUAUUCGGCCAGGGACUACAUGGGGAACAUUCCUUUGUCCCAUAAGCUCUCUCUCCCUGCAUCUCCAACAUCCAUGGGGGCUAUAUCGUUCCUAAGCUACUCCCCGGAUGGUUAUUGCCUAUUUGCCGGCUAUAAGCAUGGUUGGACGACAUGGAGUGUUUUCGGAAAGGCCGGGGGGAAUAGUUUUAACGUGGAUUCUUCUCAGGUUCUGGGAAACGAUGAGAAAUGGCUCACAGGCGUUUCAGCUGGCGCCUGGAUCGGGGGUGGAUCUGAUAUUAUCCUAACGGCCCCAAAUGAUAGACGAGUGUGGAUCUUAGAAUUUGCCCGAAGUGCCUUGACAGGAUGCUUCUCGUCUGCCAACCUGGCUAGAGCACUUUUACAAACUGGAACUGAGUUUAUUUUGUAUCGUGGCCAUGAUUUACCUGAUCUAACUACAAUAUCUGGAAAGGAUUCACUAUGGCACCAUGCGCAAUACCCCCCACACUACCUGCAUUCACAGUGGCCAAUUCGGUCUUGUUGUGUCUCUCAGGACGGAAAAUAUGUUGCAAUAUCCGGAAGACGGGGUCUGGCUCACUACAGCGUGCAAAGCCACAGAUGGAAGACAUUCGAAGACCAGAAGCAAGAAGACUCUUUUGCCGUACAGGGAGGGAUGUGCUGGUAUGGCCAUAUUUUAAUUGCAGCCGUCGAGUGCAAUGCUGCUUAUGAGCUCCGAAUGUAUUCGCGUGAGCUCGUGCUAAACGACUCAUCAAUCCUAUACGCUGAACCUCUACCAUCACCAGCGGUAUUCAUUGGACCUUCUGGAGAAGAUUCCUUACUAGUGUACACCUAUGAAAACAUCCUUUAUCACUACGUUAUUAACACGACAGGAACAAAACUGAGUCUCGUGCAAGUCGGACAGAUCGCUUUUCAUGGGAUUGUUCGAGCACCAACCCGUGUCCGUGCUAUUAGCUGGGUUUUGCCAGACGAUCAGCUUCACUCUCAAGGAAACGGUGAUCCAUCGCAAGAUGUCGCCGUGGCUUCUGUUUUAUUUCUCGUUGACGGGAAGCUGGUUUUAUUACAGCCCUCUAUCUCUGAUGCAGCAGAGUUAAAAUAUGACAUGCGUAUUGUAGCACAUGAUGUUGAGUAUUAUAUAUUGAUGCGUGAUCAAUUAUACUAUAACUUUGCUCCACCAGGGGAUGAAUCGCUACCCCCGAGCCCAUCCGCCGCUUCCGCAUUGAACUACUUUCAAUCUGACAUUUCUCUUCGUGACUCACUAUGGAUAUUUGGCGGCAAAGAUUUAUUGGUCUGGAGUGAUGUUCAUGAUGUUAUUCGACUUAAAAAUUCUUCUAUCGACAUAUCUAAACCGCUGCCAAUACCAGUCGACUUUUAUCCUUUAUCUAUCCUUCUUAAUAAAGGUAUUAUUCUUGGAAUAGAGCCCGAAGUUACUCAGCGACGGGACGUACCAUUUACUUUGCAUCGAUUUGCUAUCAGGAGCCACCUUUUCCUUCCGUACAUACUUCAAUAUAAUCUUACUCAGUUUGAUUCCCCUUCGGCGUUUUCAAUAUGUCAUCACUUUUCCCAUCUGUCAUAUUUUCCACAUGCCCUAGAAAUACUCCUGCAUCACGUGCUGGAUGAAGAAGUCGAUAAUCCGCACAUAGAAGACCAUGAUUCGUCGAAGCAGGGGCCUUUACUUCCCUCCGUCCUCUCAUUCUUACAAGCUGGAAACCCUCCCGAGCUAUACCUCGACAUACUCGUUCAAUGUAUUCGCAAAACGGAGUUACGGUCGUGGAAGACACUUUUCGCCUACCUACCCCCGCCUAGUGAGCUAUUCGAGCAAGCAUUGAAAUUCAAUUCGCUCAAAACUGCAGGUGGCUAUUUACUUGUACUUCACGCAUUUGACGAUUCUGAUGAGAAUAAUGCCGAAAAAACUGAAGAGUCUGUGGUAAGACUUCUGCUUUUAGCUUCGCACAAAGGGGAUUGGGAACUGUGCGGUGAGCUCGCUCGCUUUCUUCUAGCACUGGAUAGCUCAGGAGAUAUGCUUAGGCGUGCUGUUGUCAGGGUUGGGCUGCGGAGGGGAGAUCAGUUGACACCACCUGCUUUGAAUGGCUAUGCAAUACCUGAUGGUGGCCUAAAAGCUACGGAGACCGUUCUAGGUACACAGAGCUCAGAGUCGCUGUCAUAA